UAUUCAUCCAUCCAUCUUCCUCUCUGCCCUUCCCAGUAUCAUCUUUGGAAUCCCUACCCAGAUUUUACCCGUCCACUGCACACUCUUUAACUGGGCUGGCCACCUCUCCCACCCUCCUUGCCCAGGACCAGUCCUCCCCCCAUUCUUUCCAGAUUAUAGCAUCUUUCACUGGGCGGGCUCCCAUUAAUAACUGUGUCUGCUUCUCUGGCCAGAGAUGGGAGGGAAGGGAGCAAAGAAUCUUGGAAUGGAAACUAGGUAAUAAAAAAAAAAAGUCAGAAGGGCGGUGGGGGGCAGGGCCAGCUGCCCAGACCAGGGAUAAAAGGCUUUGCUGGCGUGUCCUGGAAGAGACACCACCCUGCUUCUUUUACACUUGCAAGGAGCCAGAGUGACUGGAGCCUGGUAGGCAUCAUUUCUUCACAGCCGGAGGAGGCUGUGACCCCCAUCCUCUCCGACUCUGGCCUCUACCACUCAGCUCUGUCCUCAUGUCACCGAGGUUCUGGGCCUCAGUGUGAGUGGUACUCACUGCCCCAAGUCUAUUUCUGGUUUUCUCUUCCACUUGCUCUCUGCGUUUGUUAGACCUGGACCUUCAGCUCCAGAAUGUUCCUUCUACUGACCGUACUCCAAGCCUUGGCUCUAGCCAUGGUCCAGAGUCAAGGAGAUCAUAAAAUUAUCGGUGGCUACACAUGUAUCCAGAACUCCCAGCCAUGGCAAGUGGCCCUGCAAGCAGGUCCUGGGCGUAGAUUCCUGUGUGGAGGGGUUCUACUGUCGGACGAGUGGGUCAUCACUGCUGCCCAUUGUGCCCGCCCGAUUCUUCACGUGGCCCUGGGCAAGCACAACCUACGGAGGUGGGAAGCGACUCAGCAGGUGGUGCGCGUGGCUCGCCAGGUGCCGCAUCCCCAGUACCAACCCCGGGCCCAUAACAAUGACCUGAUGCUGCUAAAGCUGCAGAAGAAGGUGCGGAUGGGACGAGCAGUGAGGGCCAUCGCCGUGGCCACGUCCUGUGCCAGCCCAGGGACUCCCUGCCGGGUGUCAGGCUGGGGAACCACAGCCAGCCCCGUUGCCAGGUACCCCAAUGCUCUGCAGUGUGUGAAUGUCGACAUUAUGUCAGAGGAGGUGUGCCGUCGGGCCUACCCGGGAACCAUCACUUCCGGCAUGGUCUGUGCCGGGGUUCCCCAAGGCGGAAAGGACUCCUGUCAGGGUGAUUCUGGGGGACCCCUGGUGUGUGGAGAACAGCUCCAGGGCCUUGUGUCCUGGGGAAUGGAGCGUUGUGCCAUGCCUGGCUACCCGGGGGUCUACGCAAACCUGUGCUAUUACCAAAACUGGAUCCAGAGAACGAUGCAGGGCAACUGAAUAUCCACUACCAUCCUGUCAUUACCAGCUGUCCCUGCGCUUUCACUGCCUCCUCCAUCAGACGCUGAAGUCCUCCUCAGCCCUCCUCCCACACACUUAAGACUCUAGUCUCCAGCCUCCUCCCUCAGACCCAGGACCCCAGGCCCAGCCUCCUCCCUCAGACCCAGGA